AUGUUGCCGCUGGCUUAUAUCCAUGGCAGCCUGCCUGGCAACCAGGACUCAGUCAGGCUGAUCCCCAACUCCACGGACUUCUCCACCGGGCCCGGGGAUGCCUGCACCCAAAUACUGCAGUGUGACUACCACCCUGAAGGCACCUUGCUGGGGUGGGGCAGCUCCUCUCUGGGACCUGUCCUUCGCCUGCCCCUUUGCCCUGCGACCUCCCUGGCUCACCGGGCACAACCUCCUCACAAGCUGGAGAGGCAGGGGGCCCUGCUUGUGGAAUUUGAGGCCCCCCAGAUCACAGGCCCAAGGCUGUCAGUCCAGCGGCACCGGCACCGUGUGGUCUUGAAAGAAGAGGCCAUUCAGCUCUCACCACCUAUAGUAUCCCCACUGCGUCCUGGGGACAAGGUACUGGCACCCUGGGAGCCUAACGGACAGCGGUACGGCCCUGGCACUGUUCUCUUGGGCUUGGAGACCAGAGAGCCUGAGAGAGGGCCCAAGGAUGAAGAAAUCACGGUUCACUUCUGGAAUGGCAAGACGACCACAGUACCUCCAGGUGGUGCCAUCUGGGUGCCCCUUGUGGUCUGGCAAGCCGCUGUGGAGAGGCUGCACAAGCCAGUCACGAGGGAGCACCUCGGGCCCCUCCUCUGGGCUCCUUGCUGCUCUCUGCCAGGACCGGGCCCUGGCUGUGUCCACACCGGGCUUCCUCUGGGCACUCAGUUCCUCUGCCCUCUGUGUCCAUCCCACACCUGCUGCCAGCCGCUGUGCCUGGGCUCCCUCUGCUGCUGUCCCUCGGCUAGACCCACCUGGUGGCCUCUACCCGGGACCUUGGCUGAGGACACAGCCGGGGAGCUGCCAGGGCCAGAGCUGAAGCCCACAGCACAGCUUUUGCCUCUAGAGGGCCCCCAAGAGCUGGCGGUGCAGGCGCCAGUGAGCCUUUCUCCCUCCACCUCCACCUCUGCCGAAGAUGAUUUAGAGAAUGACCUGCGCAUGGGCCUUCCCCCAAGACUGCAGGGUAGCAGCACGCUCAACACAGCAGCCCCGGUGCUGGAGAAGCCUCCACGGCAGAGGGGGCUCUGCCAGCCGGCAUGGAGGUACUGGAGGAGAAACGGCUUCGAGCCUCGUCCUAGGCAGCCAGGAGCAAGACCUCUCAACCUGUCUGGAAAGAAGCAGCCAACAGACCACUGAGGACACUGGAGGGAACCACCAAGGGGCUGGGCCUGGAAGCGACCAAGGGAAGCCACCACCGACCGGGCCGGAGGGCAGCGGAACAUGAAGACUGAGUCAGGGUCCUGAGACACAUCACAGGGAAAGGAGGACUGGGCAGGAGCCUCUUCAGGAUGCCCUUACGUUGUUCUUGGACUUUCCAAGCUGGUACCACCACAUGAGUAUAAGCCCCCCGCCCUUCUUCCCACAAAACACACCCUUGAGUCCUUGUGCCAUUUCAAAAGGCUUACAAAACUCAGGAAGUUCAUUGGGAGGGGAGGGGCAAUGGGAGGAUCCCAGGUUAAAGGACCCCAUCUCUAUGGUGAUGGGCCUGGGCCCAUCUGACUAGGCCCUGAGUGUAAGUCGGUACUUGACCAGGCAUCCUCUAGCUCUAGCUCUGCUGAGCCUUUACUUCCAUCGCACAUACUACCAGCAGUGUUUCCUAAUGGAAGCUUUGUUCUAAUUCAAGGCGAGAGAAACUCGCUGGCCACUAAGCUCAGAGACGCGCACGUACGAUAGGCAGGGUGGCUGAAAGGCACAACAUGGUGACUUUUUCAAAUCAGUGACUUCUGACCCCUAGAGGCACAAUUGGCUUAAGACUCCCAGGCUUUGAUGCUAAAGCUGUGUGGGAGAGUUACAAAGCGUGGCUGGCAAGGGUUUCUGCAAUGUAGGGAGGCUGAGUCAGGCCACAGGUGGUAGGUAGUCAGCUGUGCCCACUGAGACUUGUAGCAGGUGAGCGGCAGGGAGGUGCCCCUGUUGCCAGACGUUUCCUUUCCCCUCUUAAUACCCAUAAAAUGGAAUUCUCUUCG